AUGGUCUACAAAUCUCCACAGCCAGCGAAUGGUCUCAAAGCCGAUGGAUUCCAGCCACACCGUCUUAUCCGCACCCAACAAGUAAACCACGACGUCAAGCGUUUCACCUUUGCUCUGUCAUCUCCAGACAGCUACUGCGGUCUCAACGUCAAUGCGAUUACCAUGAUGAGGUGGCACAAGCCAGGGAUGAAGAAUCCAAUCAUGCGUCCCUACACGCCGACGAGCGAGGUUGACAGGCGCGGAGAGAUUGAAUUCACCAUCAAGCGUUAUGAGGAUGGCAAGAUGACGCCCCACCUCCACUCAUUGCAGCCUGGUGAUCACGUCGACAUAGGCAAACAAAUAACAAAAAUCCAGUAUGAGCCAAAUACUUGGGAUAGGGUUAUCUUGAUUGGUGGUGGCUCAGGUAUAACUCCACUCUAUCAGCAACUCCUUCACUCGUUAGAUGACGCACACGACAAGACAUGUUUCACGCUCCUUUACGGUAAUAAAACGCCUGGGGAUAUUCUCCUGCGUGAGGAGUUUAACGAGAUGGAAAAGAAGCAUGCGAAGCGCUUCAGAGUUGUGUACACGGUCGAUCAGCCAGAUGGCAGCUGGGAUGGCUUGCAUGGCUUUAUCAACAAGGAUCUGAUAGCAGAUCAAAUCAAGGACACUGACAAUUACAAAAUAUUCGUGUGUGGACCACCUCCGCAGAUGGAGGCUAUCUCGGGCAACAAAGCACAGGAUGGUUCGCAAGGAGAGAUCAGCGGUGCACUUGCACAGCUUGGUGUGCCAAUAGAGAAGGUGUUCAAGUUCUAG